UACCCAGCCGACAUUUCAUGAUCUGACGGGAGGCGAUUGUUUGCACCGAAAGCCCAGAGUUGUUGUUUACUCCCACCAAUCUCCGCCAAGCCGAAGCCGCUGCCGCUAUCUCGCAGGAGGCUUCAUCGCCACCACUCGCCCCCUCAAGAUUUUCUCCAAAGAGGGUUUCAUCAAUGUCGGAGGAAAAGUUAAAUACAGAAGUCCCCGUUGAAAAAAUUGGGGCACCGGAGCCUGUGAAUGGCAACGACGAAGCAUCUGAAACUUCUUCGACAUUGGAAAAAGAUGAGGAUGGGGGUAAAAAAGAUGAAGACGAGGGGAAAGAAGUUUCAAAGAAAAAAAAGAAGAAAAGUAAAAGCAAGAAAAAGAAAGAAGUACCUGAGCAAACCGACCCACCAUCCAUUCCUGUUAGUGACCUUUUCCCUUCUGGCGAGUUUCCUGAGGGUGAGAUUCAGCAGUACAAAGACGAAAACCUAUGGAGGACUACAUCUGAAGAGAAGAGGGAGUUGGAGCGCCUUGAAAAACCAUUAUACAAUUCAGUUCGCCGAGCAGCUGAAGUUCAUCGUCAGGUCCGGAAAUAUAUCAAAGGUAUUUUGAAGCCUGGAAUGUUGAUGACUGACAUUUGUGAGACAUUGGAGAACACAGUCCGGAAGCUGAUAUCAGAGAAUGGUCUACAAGCAGGCAUUGCUUUCCCUACUGGAUGCUCAUUGAACUGGGUUGCUGCUCAUUGGACCCCAAAUGCUGGAGAUAAGACUGUGCUUCAGUAUGAUGAUGUGAUGAAGUUGGAUUUUGGGACUCAUAUUGAUGGGUAUAUCGUUGACUGUGCAUUUACAGUGGCAUUCAAUCCUAUGUUUGAUCCUCUCCUUGAGGCCUCUCGUGAAGCAACCAAUACAGGUAUCAAGGAAUCUGGAAUUGAUGUGCGACUUUGUGAUGUUGGUGCUGCAAUUCAAGAGGUCAUGGAAUCAUAUGAGGUUGAAAUUAAUGGAAAGGUGUAUCAAGUAAAGAGCAUCCGAAACUUGAAUGGACAUAGUAUUGGGCGCUAUCAGAUCCAUGCCGGGAAAUCUGUCCCGAUUGUGAAAGGAGGGGAGCAGACAAAAAUGGAAGAGGGUGAAUUUUUUGCAAUCGAAACUUUUGCAUCAACUGGGAAAGGAUAUGUCCGAGAAGAUUUAGAGUGCAGCCAUUACAUGAAAAAUUUUGAAGUCGGCCAUAUACCAUUGAGGUUGCCAAGGGCAAAGCAACUCUUAGCUACAAUUAACAAGAACUUCUCCACACUGGCCUUCUGCAGACGGUAUUUGGACCGAUUGGGGGAGACAAAAUACCUUAUGGCUCUGAAGAAUUUAUGUGACGCCGGCAUUGUUCAGCCUUAUCCUCCCCUCUGUGAUGUAAAGGGCAGCUAUGUAUCUCAAUUCGAGCAUACCAUCUUACUCCGGCCAACCUGUAAGGAGGUCAUAUCCAGAGGCGAUGAUUACUGAAUGGGGAUUUUAUUCAAAUUUUGGGACUGGAUGACUGGGUUUCUUUUCCGUAUGUGAAAUGUUUCAUUAUUUUUUCAUUUUCCUAUCCUCUAUGUUUGUUUCUCAACUUGCUUGGUAGCAAAAAGAAUACUCACUGUAUACUCUUGGUCUUCGGCACACUUUUGGGAGUUUACUAUGAUCGAUAAACACUCCGGAUUUCUGUUGUUA